CCUCGUCUCGUAACAUCACAUCGAUCGACAUCGCGCAUUGCAUCAUGGACACUUACGACGACCCACCCAACCCGUUCUCUACCGACCCUUCGCCGGCUCCUUCUAGGGACGAACAAGCGACUCAAGGGGGAGGUUCGUCAUCAGGCAUGUUACCCCCAACACAGCCGGCCGGAUCAGGGUCUCAAGCAGGGGUGGUGGCUUACCCCGAGCUGGACAUCUACCCUUCGAACGCGAACACCAACGCCAAUACUACCAGAGGAUUCGGAGGAGAACGAGGGAAGCUAUUCGGAGAGGAUGACAAUGAUGACGAGGACGAGGACCAAGGUGUAAAGGGGAUCACGGCGGGGUACCCGCAGUUGAACCUCUACCCGGCUGUUGAUACACCCAACCAAGAAUCCGGACCGUGGUCCAACUCUCAAGCACCUGGUUUUUCCAAUACUAACUCCAACUCUCAACCUCAAUUCACAUCCCGAUCCCAAUCCCAAUCUCAAUCUCAAUCUCCUAACAAACCAGCCUCCUCCCCCCCUCCUCCGACUUACCGCCCGUCAUUCCCCAACGCCGGCGCGGGGAUCAAAUCAUACGUCGGACCCCGGGUCAAGGAAGAGGCUUGUUGUGCGAUGGACGAGGAGUUGCAAGUCAGGGGAGGGGGGAUCGAGAUCAUCGACGCUGUCAAGACGAACGAUGGAGGAAGAGCGAGCUACAUCACUUAUGUGAUCAGGACCGGGAACCGAGAGACGCACCACCGGUACUCGCACUUCGACUCCCUCCGAACUUCACUCCAAGCGCUCUACCCCGUUCUCAUCGUCCCUCCGAUCCCUUCCAAACAGUCCCUCACGGACUAUGCUGUGAAAGGGUCGAGCAAGGCGAAGGAGGACGCGACGGUGAUUGCCAGGAGGAUGAGGACGUUGGAGGAUUUCUUGAGGAGGGUGGGGAGGCAUCCGAUCUUGGGUGGGGAACAUGUGUUUCAUAGGUUCUUGGAUGGGGUUUCUGGUUGGAACGACGUCUUGCAUUCCCCGCCGUUGUCGCUGUUGCCCAAGAACCCCUUGCACGCACCGACUUACAACCCGACCAUCAGGCCGUCUCAACCUUUCUCGCCCGCCUCGCCUUCACAAUCGGCCACGACGGACGAUCUCGGUGAAGAUCGAGACCCGACCUCGGCGGUCACGCAGACCACUGCACCGGGACCUCCUUCUCCCGGUCCCGGUCCAGGAUCCCCGGAUACGUCGGCUUCCCCCUCGUACAUCGCUCAUCACCUCUUGCCCAACGUCAGCGCGGCCACCCCGUUGAAACACCCCGACGGGAGGUUCAUGGACUCGGAGGCCUUUACCGACAAGUUUGCCCAUCACCUCUCGAGCGUCAUGGAACGUGUCAAUCGGAGGGUCGUCAAGCGCUGGGGAGAGCGAGCGCACGGGGCCAGCGAGAUGGGAGCGAUCGUCAACGGGCUGAGCUUGGAUUUGGAUGAUGGGGCUACCAAGGAGUUGACAGAGGGCGUCGGGGCGGGGACGAGGGGUGUGCAAGAGGCCGUGGAAAAGUUUGGACAGGCGAUAGAUGCCGAGCACAUGAGUACGGCGUUGUUGCUGCAACAUUGGGAACGAUCCGCUACGGAGCCUCUGCACAUCUACGCUCAAUACGGUGUGAUUAUCCGACAACGCCUCUCGUUCAGGCAUCAGAAACACGUCCAAUACGAACUCGUUCAGAGUACCCUGGAACAUCAACGAGAAAAGCUCGAAGUGCUCGAAAAGGCGGAAAAGGAGUCGAGGCGAUUGGAAGAGGCGCUUGAGAGCGGCGGGAGGAACUUGACGGCCAGCGGGGUGGGUUCGGCUCCGGCUCAGGGGCAGAGCGUCUUGACCGGCCAAAGCGUCAUUGGAGGGAGCUUGUACCGUGAACCCGGGCAGGGGUUGUCAGACGAUCCGCCUGCGGGACUGCCGAGGACUCCGACCAAGCGGAAGGGUGGUGGCGGUGGAUAUGGGUUAUUGAGCGCCGUCAAGCAUAGCCUGUCGGGGAUGAUGGAUGUCGACCCGGAAGCCACUCGGCGGGCGAACAUCGGGAGAACGAGGGAUAACAUCUCGCAGCUGGAAGACUCGCUGCAGGCCGCAGCGCAGGACCUCAAAUACGCCAGUCAAACGUUACAAGCUGAUCUGGACCGAUUCCAGCGCCAAAAGGUCGCUGAUAUGCGAGACAUGACGCUGGCCAUCGCCGAGCUUCACCGCGAGUGGGCCAAGGCUAACUUGAAAGCUUGGGAGGAAGCCAAGCUGGCCAUCCAGGCUAUCGAACCUCAUCCCAACCGUCCUUUACAGCUGGACGACGAUGAACCCCUCAGUCCUCAAUCCGCUGGGGUGCGGCAAUCGCCACAACAACAGCGCUCGUUCACGGUGGACCGGUCGAGAACCGAGGUGUCGAGCGGUCCCGCAGGGUUCACCAUGGACAGCGGGUUCGCUACAGUCGAUAAGGACGACGAGGACGAUGUGCCUCCGCCGAUUGUAAAGGACCACCCGUUGUAGCGCUUGUCCUCUUCUUGUUUGUGGGUGUCCCGAGUGUGCUCAAUAGGGUUGUACGCCGAGUCUUAUUACGUGUAUGAAGUUUGAUAAAGAAUACCUGUUUCGACCCAAGCUCACUCCCUCAGCCUCGAGGUGCGAGGAACGGCGUCAGGAGUCAUCUGCUUCUGUCGUCUGUGAUUGUAGUGAUAGGGAGCGGGCAUGCUACAAGACCAG